ACUUCCAAACAAAACGGCCCACAGAAACCACGCGAGGAAGGCGUCAAUACGGGCAAACAAAAGGGGCGAGAUCGUAAGAACGCCGCAGAAGAAGAAUUCCCAGCUGCGCUGAGCGCAAAGAAGGUGCGGAGGGUGGUGCCUGGUCCAGAUCUCGCGUGGCCGCCAUGGCGGAGAAGUUCGCGGAGUCGGCGAACAAUGUAAUUGUGGAAGAGGCUAGCAAGGGCCUGAACCCUGCAAUGAUAGUCCUGCUUGUGGUUGUGAGCUUCCUGCUGCUUUUCUUUGUUGGGAACUAUGCGCUCUACCUGUAUGCGCAGAGGACGAUCCCUCCAAAGAAAAAGAAGCCAGUCUCCAAGAAGAAGCUCAAGAGGGAAAAGCUGAAGCAGGGUGUUUCUGCACCAGGAGAGUGAAGAGAUCAAUCAGUCCCUCAUGUUAAUUACUCUUAUCCUGGGCUCCUUUUUUACCUGAUAAAAAUAUACCAGCUGGAGCUGCAGUGUUCAGUGUCUGUUUAUGUAGAAGCUUUGUGUUAAGUGGUACAUUGGUCUUGGACAACUUAUUUCGCGAACUGAUAAACUUUAGCGUAAAUUGAGCUGCUCUGCUGUUGCCGGUUUAUAGUUUUUGUCUUUAAUUAAGAAAGAACUUUGCUGGUGA